GGAUCGACGAAUCAAAUAUAACAACGCGAACGGAUCUCAAUUCGGAGCAAGUUGGCCCGAAAAAUGUGUGUUUACUCGGACACAUUAAUUUAAAUUACGGAGCACAAAGGUUUACAAAUACUCCCGGAUUCUCCUUCAUCUAGAUCAGCGCCGCCGAACCACAGACCCGGUCCCCGUCCUUCUUCUUCGAUUGAGCAAGGAGAUCCACGCCAUCGUCACCAUCUUCCUCGACCAACGGAAGCAGCGGCGCAGGGGGAGGCCAGCGGUAAGAUCACCGGCGAUGAAGACCUCAACGUCCUCCGGUGACCAUGACAGCGGCGAACUCUGGCGAGCUCGAGGAUGGAGUCGGAGACGGACAGCCAGCGAACCAGCGAGCCCCAGCGGUUCUGCUCUGACGAUGACGAACCAGGUUCCUCUGGCGAUCCCCGCUGUCCGUCAGCUUCUGGCAACGGCGGGUCAGCGGCGGGGAAGCUCUCUAUUCCGGCGAACGACCCCAAUAAUUCCGGCGACCUCCCUCCAUGUUCCAGCCAUUCCGGGCAGCGGUGGUAAUUUGGGCAGCCGUAAUGGUUCGGGCAACGGGAUGAAUCUAUUCCGACAAUGAAUUCUAAUCGACGAAUCAAGGUAAUCAUGGAGGGACUGACUUUGGAAUCCAUCCUGGAGGGCAGCACGACGAAGGAGAUGUAUGGAUGCAGGGACUUAAUAAUGAUUGAUUUAAUUA